GAAUUUGGAAUCGAGUGAGCUUUCUGACGUACUUAACACAACACCCGGGAGAAGUUGCAGAGAAACCUGGUCCCAGAAGUGCUGUACUUGCCACAGAAAUGAGUCCUGCAGAUGCACUGUAUGCUGUUUCAGAGAAAGCAGACAGAAAAAAGCAGACAGAAAAUACCAGUGAAGAGGAUGGUGAAGUUUAAGAGUGCUAAUGACCUCAUGAGUAUGGAUCUUGCUGAACAGAUGGCAGAUGACUCUGAUGACAGCAUCUUGGCAGCACCCAAGCAGAGGGCGAGGCCGAGGUCGAGGGCAGAGCUUGGCCCCCCAAGGAGGAUCUCAGAGAAGCAGAGCGGGCACUGGUCUGAAUAUUUCUACUCGAAGCAGGGCUCAAGGACCACUGUGUCAACAUGCAGAAAUACGUCUAUCUUAGAUGCUUUUAAGUCUUCAAGACAGCAGCCCUCCUGCAAUGUUGCUACUAAGAAUUAUUCAGAGGUGUUUUAUUCUCAAGAAAACUAUUGUUAUUCUUCCCUUCCCUUCGGUAAUUGAGGUAGAUGAAUCAGAUGAGGAAGAAGACAUUUUCCCUGCCACUUCAAAGACAGAUCAAAGGAUGAUGAUGACCCUUUCAUGAGCAUUAAUUCUUUAAGAAGAAACAGAAGAUAAUAUAUUUAAUGAAACUUGCAAAUUUCCAAGAUAUAGGAAAAACUGAAACAUUGCAAGAUGAGUUCACAGUUGAGGAGUUUUUAACUGUUGCUCCUAACUGAGGAAUCUGAAGAAGACUUAACA